GCGUUAUGCACAUUUCCCCUCCACGAUCAAGAAGAUUUGAGAAGAUUGCCACGGUCACACUCACGGACUCACGACACUCACGUUCUCAUUCUCAUUUUUUCGCGGCUCAUCGGCAUCGCAUGGUCUUGUGCUUCAUCUCGAUUUUACUACAGAUCUACAAAAUAGUUAUGGCGGAGAAUAAGGAGCGCACCUUUAUUAUGGUUAAACCAGACGGCGUACAACGUGGUCUAGUCGGCAAAAUUAUUCAACGAUUCGAAGAAAAGGGUUUUAAACUCGUAGCUACGAAGAUGUUGUGGCCUUCUGAAGAUCUCUUGAAGAAACACUAUGCUGAUCUGGCAUCGAGACCCUUUUUCCCAGGUUUAGUCAAAUACAUGAGUUCAGGACCAGUGGUGCCGAUGGUCUGGGAAGGCUUAAAUGUCGUAAAAACUGGUCGCGUGAUGCUGGGCGAGACAAAUCCCAAAGAUUCUGCGCCUGGCACAAUUCGUGGCGAUUUUUGCAUACAAGUUGGACGCAAUAUUAUCCAUGGCUCUGAUUCAGUCGAGUCAGCCAAAAAGGAAAUUGAUCUAUGGUUUGGCGAAAAGGAAGUGAUCGACUGGACGUAUGCAUCUGAAAAAUGGAUCUACGAAUAAAAACUUAACGAAAACUAAUUUUUUAAGAAGUUUCUCCAGUAUUUCCUUGGAGUCUUCCCAAACUGACUGCCAGUACACAAAUGGACCGAAUCGUUUAAGCGAAAAUAACUAUAAAAAAACAUGUCCUGACAUUUGUAAGAAAUAAAUAAACAGUUGCUAAACUUUAUUUAAAA